AUGUCCACACUACUACUUUUCGAUUUUGAGUCGAAGCCCAUACCUAUGUGCUACGAUCUGAACAGAUCCAGAAUCACAAUCAUGGGGGAUAAUCAAUCAGGGAAGACAUCUUUAAUUUUCAGAUGGUUGAAGAACAUGUAUCAGAUUAUUGAAGAUGGUGCGUAUCAGGAGGAUAUAUACCACAAGAAUGUUAACUUCCAUAAUUUAUUGGAUGACCUGAUAAGGGAAUCUCCCGAAAGACGCGAUGACAAAUUGAUGGAACAUUUACUGAAAAAUGAUGAUGGAUUUCUAAUAAAGGAUACGGAUUUAAGGGACUAUUUCCUUAAGAUCAAUAAGAGGAUUUCAGAGAGCGAUCUACCUGAAGAGGUCCAACAUGUGAAGAGACAUCAUCGUUAUGAAUUUGAAAAAAAGAAAUUGUUAAUGAAAAGAUGUGCCACGCUGGAUGUGGAAAUAUUGGAUAGUCAAGCUAUUGAAACUGCUGAUUUCUCGGAAUUGACCAGUGCACAAAUCAAACAAUCAGAUGCAUUUAUACUCUGUUUUGAUUGUACCAAUAGAGAUUCAUUUAACGAUUUAAGAACGUAUCAACGUAGAAUUGAAAGAGCAAGAGGUAUUGAUGAUAAAGUACCAGUGAUAAUAUGUUGUACAAAAGUUGACGUUAUGAGUGAAAGGAAAGUGGAUUUGGAGGAUGUCCAAGAUUUUAUCAAUAAGGCAGGUCUUUCGAUGGCAAAUGAUUAUUUUGAAGUUUCUUCAAAACAUGAUAUUAAUACACAGGCUCUACUAAAUAACACAUUGCUGAAGAUUGAAAGUUAUAAAUUUGAAGAAAGGAAACGUAUGCAUUCCAGUUUAUCAAAUGAAAAUUUUGGUUGCUCUGAGAAGUACAACAAUGAGAAAUUAGAAAGAGAUUCAAGAGAUAAAAGCAGUGAUGAAAUGGAAGAUAGUACCUCUACUUCAAGUGGAGAUCGGAUAAUGCCUGGAGAUAAAGGUGAACUGGUAGAGAAGAAAAUUACAUCAUUUGGUGUGUCAAUGAGUAAUUUUAGCAAAACGAGGCAGAAUCGUACCAGAACUGUAACUAACGCACCCGACCUCAGUGGUACUGUUGACAGUGAUCAGAAGAUUACCACUAUAACAACUUCCACUACAUCCCCAGAUAAGAAAGAUACAACGUGCUGUGUCAUCUGCUGA